AGACUUGAAAAUCUCAAACGGGAAGUCCCUUUAAAUCAUUUGAAAUAUAUAACCACCAUGACCACGAGGCUUGCAUAUCGGGCGGACAUCAAUGAAUUUAUAUCUCUAAUGAUAACAAAUAUAACAAGUGAAGGAACGCUGAUAAGAUAUAAAUGUAAUGAGUAAUUUAAUAAUUGAUUGGUCAGAUUUCUUGUUAGCAAAAAUACUUUUGUGUCUUAACAAUAAACAAUGUAAAGAAAAUGAUUUACAAAAUAAGUUUGCUUGUUUUAUUUGGUGUAUUUGGUACAACGACUGCUCAAUUAAGAUGCUAUGCAUGCAGUUUCUCCUCGGUAGACUCGGAUCAGUCCUGUCUGACUAUAACAAACUCUACGCCCUCUGUUGAUUGUCGCUUCACGUAUUGCACAAUUAUGCGUCAGGAAUUCAUUGAUCCGAUAGGAGUAGUUGCAAGUUUCACACGAGGCUGCGAAGAGUCACCGGAUUUUCUAAAUCAUGAAGUAGUUGAUCCAACAUUUAAAACGUACUAUCGCGCCUGCACUAAUGAUCUUUGUAAUAUUGGCAACGGAAUCCAGUCAGUCGUCGGUGGAAGUCUUUCUCCAAGCCCAGAAUAUAAUGGUGUAAAUCUACUCGUACCAGGUACAGGCAAAGGAAUGAAUAUACAAAAUAAUAUAUUCUUACUGAUAAUAACAUUGUCUUUGUACCUACUAAAUGCUUAAAAUGAAUAAAAUAUUAUUAAAGCUGA